AUGCAUUUACCUGAUUUUAUAGCAGUAUCCAUCUUUUCAAUCUCUCCAUACAGGACAACAGCCAGCCAGGACAUCGCUAUCAACCAGAACGUAAUGAAAACUGUUGCCAACCAUAAUGAUAUGAUCCUCAUGUCAGAUUUGCUGCAUCCGCAAGAAUCAAGUCUUACUGUACACUUUAGGCUCAAUACGCGUCGAACGAAUAGUUCUUCUAACGUAUUAAUUAGUGUGCAUAGCACGUUACAACGUUUUCCAUUGGAGAAGGCAUCGCAUCCGGUAGGAGUCUGGUCAAAAACGGAUCGUAUGUGGAUCGCGUGUGACUGCGUUGUAAAUUUAUCGAAAUUUAUAUCGUCAAUUUAAUUCGCUCUCGAUAUCCGUUUACUUCUGGGAAAGGAAAUACUUUGUUAACAAGUUUGUAAAAUAUUCAAAGUUUAAAAAGAAACUAAAUUACAAUUUUUUUUUUUAACGUGUACGUGAGACUAAAGAUGAGAAUACAUUACAGUGUUUGUGAAAAUGACUUUUACAUUAUUCUGCUUGAUAUUUGCUUUUCAAAAUUUAUUUAGAUAUACACAUAUGCUUUUUCCUUCGAAUCCUCAAUGGUACGUGCAUCUUUUUAAUUGAUACUUUUCAAAUGUUUCUUCAAUUGUCUUUUAAGAUUUGUUACUGAAAUUAGAGACGAAGAAACGAAGAUAUCCCGAUCGUGUCGGUAGUUAAAAGUGUUGGUGUCUGA